GUUGUUGAAAGUGCACCAUCUACCAGUCGAGUUCCUGAAAAGUUUUGCUUUACUCAGUUUUCUUACUAGUAUCGUUACAAUUAAGUAGGCUUUGAUUUUUUUUAUUAAAUUAUCUGACAGAAUUUGGACAGAAUUGAAAUUAUCUUCAAGAUGACAAAUACAAAGCUGCCAGUGUUACCGCCCCAACCGGAGAAGGUUAAGCAGGAGGAUGCGCCGGCGGAGCCCAUCAAGCAUCCGCUGGAGAACACGUGGGGCAUGUGGCUGUACGCCGAGAGGACGCGCAACUGGAAGGACGACCUCAUCGAGCUCACCUCCUUCGACACGGUCGAGGACUAUUGGUGUCUCUACCACCACAUAAAGCUGCCCUCGGAGCUGUCUCCCGGCUGCCAGUACUUCGUGUUCAAGCGGGGCGUGCGGCCCGAGUGGGAGGACGCCGCCAACCGGCGCGGAGGCCGCUGGCUCGUCACGCUCGAGAAGAGGCAGUGCGACGAGAUGGACAGGAUAUGGGUCGAAGUGGUACUCUUAAUGAUCGGGGAAAACUUUGAAGAUGCCAAUAGCGCGAUUCGUGGAGCAGUGGUGAAUGCGAAAGCAAAACAAAAUAAGAGCAAAAUAGGUAUUUGGCUUGCCGACAAAACAGACGAAAAGGCCAUUUUGAAGAUUGGCAGAAAGAUUAAAGACGAACUGGGUAUAAAGUGGAAGAUAACAUUUCACGCCCACAACUCCAACUUCACUAUGCAUAGUCUUUAAAAAGAAAAGCGAUUAUAAAUUUAAUGUACCUAGGUAGGUGUUGCUUCAAGUAAUCGUGAAAGAAAUCGUUUAAUU